UCAGGUAUUCUUUAACACAGUAGCUUCUACCCCAGUCACUGGUAACCAGCCUUAGAGAAGGAUUUGUUUGCAAUAGUUUUAUUUUAGCAGUCAAAAGCCUAACUGUGUUUACGCUGCAAAAUGCGUCUUCAAAUAAUAAAAGAUUUUCUUAUGAAGGCAUCCUUUGAUUUCGACAGACCAGAUAUAGAUUUGUACAAUUUUCACCCACAAUUGCGCAUUUUUCUCGCUGUUAAAGGAGUGUUCUUUACAAAUAGGGGCUCUCGAUUCAGAUUAAUAUGGCCCAGCAUUUGUAUACAGCUUUCCAUAAUAGGAAUGACUUUCGAGGAGAUGUUCAUUUGGCGAGGUGUGUCUCUAAAGGACUAUUCGUUCGCAACUGAAUGUUUCUGCUACUGGCUCCUACUUGGCUGUAUUCCUACCGUCUACGUCAGCAUUCUCGUGCACACAAACAAGAUUUACGAUAUUGUCGUCAAAAUGAACGAAGAAUUUAUCUAUGUUUGUAGUUUGGGACCGACGUACAGGAAACCAUUCUUGGAAGGCCAGCUAUUGAUUUGGCAGCUAUGUUACGCCUGGUUCGGAUUCGUCAGUUUUGUGGGCGGUUUGUACGUGGUGUUUCCUCUCGUUGGACUAAUAUACCAAAGCCUGUUCGCGACCCUGAACGAGAACACCACCAGACCGCUCCAAUUCCCCAUGUGGCUUCCUCAUGAUGAUCCUUAUAGAACACCUAACUAUGAAUUAUUCCUUUUGAUUCAGUCAACACUGUGUUUUUGUUUUGUACAAACUUUUUGUGUUUACGUAUACACACUGUUCCACAUCCUGCUGCAUUAUUACAUGAUUAUGGACAUGAUAAUAAUAGACUUCAGUGUGAUAUUUGAUGGGCUUGAAGAAUCCGUGGCAUUGCUACCCCGACAAGACAGUCGCAGAAUGGAAACGCAGCGGAUAUUGAACGCGAGAAUCGAAAAGAUCGUGAAGUGGCAUCUGUCUGUGUUUCGGGCUGUGAAAACGGUAUCAUCGAUAUAUGGACCUCCGCUGGUGUACCAAGUGUCGUUUACUUCCAUCGCCAUCUGCCUCAUUGCGUAUCAGAUUGCAGAGAAACUUGAUCAUGGCAGCGUGGACAUAUUAUUUUCCCUGCUAAGCAUUUGUGCGUGUUUGCAGCUGUGGAUACCAUGCCACCUGGGGACUAUGAUACGAAAUAAGGCGUUUGAAGUUGGCGACGCUGGUUGGACGUGUGGCUGGCACGAGACGCCUCUCGGCCUGAUGAUUCGCACCGAUAUCAUCAUCAUCAUCUUGCGAGCACAGCAGCCUGUCACCAUCAAGUACACCGGGCUACCACAGAUACAGCUGGAGACCUUCUCCUCGUGCAUGAGCUCUUCAUAUUCUUACUUCAAUAUGCUACGUCAAUACAGCAAGUAAAUAACAAAGAAGAGAACCUACAUUUCAAUAGCAUCAGAGAUUCACUUAUCAAAAAUUAUAAAAUACUGAAUUAAACUAUUAUAAAUAAUUGUUGUCUACAGACCACUGAC